UCCGGGGGCGCGUGAGUAUCCCCCACGUGAGAGGGAGGGGCUCCCAUUGGCUGCGCCGGCGGGGCCGGGCGCGCGCGCCCGCGGGUGCUCCAGGCCCUCUCCAGCACCACUAUGGAGGCCUUGGUCAGAAGAUGCUGUCUCCCAGUGCUGGGCGCCCACCAACCCAUCAGGCCCCGGCACAGCAGUGCCCUGGGCAGGCCCAGGUGGCUGCUGCUCUCGCAGCUCUUCCAGCCCCUGUCACUGCCGGUGGGCAGUGAGGGGGGGUGGGAGGGACGGCCCGGGGAGCCCACCUGCCGCAGCCAGCGCCUGAUGCUGCAAGGGGGGCUCAUCCACCCCGCCAGCCCCGGCUGCUACUGCUACCUGCCGCCCACCGUGCGCGCCAUGGAGAAGCUUGUCAGGGUGAUGGACGAGGAGAUGCAGGCCCUGGGCGGGCAGAAGCUGAACCUGCCCAGCCUGAGCUCGGCAGAGCCAUGGCGCGCCAGCGGCCGCUGGGACCAGAUGGGGCCGGAGCUGUUCCGGCUCUUGGACCGGCACAACCACAGCUACUGCCUGGGCCCCACGCAUGAGGAGGCGGUGACGGAGUUGGUGGCCUCUCAGAGCAACCUGUCCUACAAGCAGCUCCCGCUGCGCCUCUACCAGGUCACCAGGAAGUUCCGGGACGAGCCCAAGCCCCGCUUUGGGUUGCUGCGCAGCCGGGAGUUCUACAUGAAGGACAUGUACACCUUUGACGCCUCCGAGGAGGCGGCUCGGCACACCUACGACCAGGUGUGUGAUGCCUACUGCCGCCUCCUCAGCCGCCUGGGCCUGCCCUUCGUCAAGGUGCGGGCAGCCACGGGCAGCAUCGGCGGCACCACAUCCCACGAGUUCCAGCUCCCGGCAGACAUUGGCGAGGACAGGCUGGUGCUGUGCCCAGAGGGACAUUUUGCGGCCAACGUGGAGACGUUAAACGGGGAGCAAACCUCUUGCCCCACGUGCAGGGAGAGGCUCACCGAGACCAAAGGGAUUGAAGUGGGGCACACAUUUUUUCUGGGCACCAAGUACUCCUCGGUCUUCAACGCUGUCUUCUCCUCCCCUGAGAACAAACCCCAGCUGGCACAGAUGGGGUGCUACGGCCUGGGUGUCACACGUAUCCUGGCGGCCUCCAUCGAGGUGCUCUCCACAGAGGACAGCAUCCGCUGGCCAAGCCUCAUCGCGCCCUACCAGCUCUGCUUCAUCCCCCCCAAGAGGGGCAGCAAGGAGGAGGAGGAGGGAGCGGCGCGGCUGGAGCAGGUGUAUGACCACCUGGCCAAUGCGCUGCCCCACCUCGCCGGUGACUCAGUGCUGGAUGACAGGACACAGCUGACCAUUGGCAAAAGGCUGAAGGAUGCCAACAAGCUGGGCUAUCCCUACGUGGUCAUAGCUGGGAAGAGGGCUUGCGAGGACCCCCCAGUCUUUGAGGUUUGGGAUCAGAAUGCUGGCGAGGUUUUGUUCCUCACCAAGGAGGGUGUCAUUGAGUUGCUGAGUAAAGUGCAAGUCCCUUAAA